ACUUCCUUGAAGUUGCUGCUCAUAUGACCAAGAAACCAAGAGAGCAAAGCACUGCGAGAGAUGUCUGCUCUGAUUUUGGCUCUUUUCAGCGCAAUAAUAUGCUGUUCUGUGACAGAGAAGCCGUCAAAUGUUUCAUCCCCAAACAUUAUCAUCAUGCUCAUGGAUGAUGUGAGUUAUUUUCUCAUUUUUCUGUUUGAUUUUGGUUUGUUUUCUGUUUGUGGUAUGAAAGAGUUUCACACACCUUCCUCUGUCCCUUUACCUUCUGUUUCUUUAUUGGUUUAAAAAGGCACACUUAAUCACCUUACAUCUUACUAAAUCUCACAGCCUGUACCCAAAUCUACUUUUUAUGUUUCACCCUUUUUGCUGUGAAGACAAUGUUAUUUUCUGUAUAUCUUUAGAUGGGCUGGGGGGACUUGGGGGUGUUUGGCCAACCAGCCAAGGAAACCCCCAACCUGGAUGCCAUGGCUGCUCAGGGAAUGCUGCUACCCAAUUUCUACACAGCUAACCCACUGUGUUCUCCAUGUGAGUCAGCUGAAAGGGUUGCCAAACACACCUGAACCAGCAGUUCCUGUUUUUUAUUGUUUUAAGAUGAGAGAUGAAUUAACCACAGCGGCUCUCUAUCUUUGACUGUGCAAACUUGAAUGACAUGGUAAAAAUAUGUGAUAAAGGGACAUGCAAACUUACAGUGUAUAAUGUUUACAAUACAGCAUACAAAACAGAGAUUCAAGAUUUGUUUAUUUGUCAUGUGCAUGUUAAGCAAGGUCAAUAAUUGCAAUGAAAUGAGAGGACCACUCGACUUAAGGGAGUACAGAUAAAACACACAAUAAGUACUGAGGGGUACAAUAAAAAAUAAGGAUACAAAAAAUCAUAUUCAAGACGAAUAAAGUAUAAGAGAAAUAUUCACAAAGUGCACAAGCGAUGCAGUAGGUGCUGAGUGUAAAUGUUUGAAAUGGAGGAUAAGUCGGUGAAGAAAAAAACGAGUGUAGCAUAUUGCUGUCUGCCUUUUUGUUGUGUGUACAAAUUGAGAAUUUUAUAGCUGACAGCAGUGAUGAGCGAGAUAACAUUUAAAAAAGGGACUUAAUAAAUAGUUACUGUUGUCAGCGUACUCUGAUACAUUUGCCAGGAGCUACAGAUAUUUUCUAACUAGAUAAAUUAAUUAGUAUUUCUGUUGCUUUUAGCUAUCCUGAAGAAGAGCUACAAUAGUCUCAACUUUUAGUGCUCACUAACAAAAAAUAAUAGACCAACAUCCAUGCAUCCUAAUAACUUGUUUUCCUGUAAUUUUAAUUUCAGCAAGAGCUUCACUUCUCACCGGGAGGCUGCCUGUCAGAAACGGUUUUUACACCACUAAUGCUCACGCCAGAAACGGUAAACAAGUAAUAUCUUAAAGUAGGAUUAGUUAUCACUUAUUUAACAUUGUCCACUUUGUUGUAAAGUCACAUGAAGUUCUUUCACGUUUAAUGUUGUUUUUUUAUAUAGCAUACACACCACAGGAAAUAGUGGGAGGAAUCUCUGAGGAUGAGAUUUUGUUACCCCAGUUGCUGAAGAAAAAGGGAUAUAUCAACAAGAUUGUUGGCAAGUGGUGAGCUCAGUCUCUUCCUUUAAUUUAGGUUUUUAGAGGUACUGAAGUUUAGAUAUGAUGCUAAAAAUGACUGCUGAUGAUGUCUUUGGCUGAGGAGAAAUGUUACGUGCUGAAAUGACUCAAACUUUACCCAUCCUGGUUAACUCCUGAUUCGCAAGCAAAAUCCUUCAGUUAUGUGUUUGAGUGCUAAUAGAGUGCACUAGAGAAACUGUUUCAAGCAAAAUGCAUUAUGUGACUGUGAGAAGAUUUUUAAAAAAAAUGUAUAAACAGCACAAAAUAGGUGAAUGAACCAAUUGGGUUUUAAUGAUGGCAUUAGAAUAAUUUGUGCUGUUAAAGAAUAAAUAUAUUUUUACUAGUUAUUAAAUGCUGAAUUUCAAUAGUUGAUUACAUUUUAAUGGCAUAUUUUGAAUUUUAUGCUUUUGUAUUUCAAGUCCAUAUCAAUAAUACGUAACAGUCCUUACUAGUGAUUAAAAUUUAGGAUCAAAUGGAUGCCUUCAAUUAUACUUUAUGACUUUUAGAUUCUUUAAAUAAAUGCUCCACUGCUACACCAGCAUAGUCUGAAAACAUGACCCCGAGUUAGGAGACCGUUUCGGAGUUUUCACAAAGUUUAGUGCUUUAUUUUUUUCCUAAGGAUAAUUCUGUUGCACAUAAAAAAAAAUGUAGUAGUACAUGUACAAAAUGUGCAGCAUGUUUCUUCAUUGAAGUUUCUUCGGCACUCUGCCGACUUUUUGUCAUACCAUAGCCCGGAGUUAGCUGCACCUGUGUGUUUAGAUUGUAGGUGGUGGCUCAAACUUGGGGAGUGUUUGAAUUCUGUUGGACACAAACUGAUGGUCACUUUUGACUUUUGACUUUUCAACUGAGCUGCUGCGAUGAAGUGAAACUGAGCAAUAAAAAGUACAGGAGUGUUAAUAUUUAACAGGAAAGCACCAAAGCAACUUGAUGAUAGUGUGCCGGAAAGAUGCGCUAGCAUGCAAUAAAAUAUAAGCAUACUAUAAUUUCAAGCCUUUAUUACACCAGGAUUAACAUGAGGAUGCUGACAAGCUGAAAAUGUAUAAAUAUGCACAUUAAAAUAGUUCCAUAAGUUAAAAAAACAUGUUUAAGAUAUCUCGGACAAACUUUUUGACAGUGCUGGUGAUGAUUUUUAGGCAUCCGUUGAUUGAUUUGAAUUCUCAUAUUGUGGCUCUUAUUGGAGAAACAGUCUUAAAAGUGCCUUUUUUAACCCUCUUCAGAAAUUACUUUUAAAUUCUAAAGAGGUGAAUAAAGACUAACUGUAGAGGAGCAGUCAGGAAAAGAGCAACUUGUGAGGUCUUUUUUUUAAUUGCACAGCUAUAAUUGCACACUCCCAGCUCAGCACUUUCAGUGGACCUACUUUGUUUAACUUGGAGUUUGCAGAAAUAGAUCACACACUGUUUUUAUGCUAAAGCUAAAUAAACGCACAAACUUCCCAACAAAAAUAAAAGCAGUAUGUUUUUCUUUUUGGGAAAUUCUUUCAAACACUCUGUUCACAUUGAUUGUUCUGUGUUUGACUGCACUUUGUAUGUCACUGCAGGCAUCUGGGCCACAGACCUCAGUACCUGCCUCUGAAGCACGGUUUUGAUGAAUGGUUUGGUGCACCAAACUGCCACUUUGGCCCCUACAACAGCAACAGCACACCAAACAUCCCUGUUUACAACAACUCUGAGAUGGUUGGCAGGUAUUAUCAUACACCAGCUCUCAACUAUACAUGACAGCAAACAGAAAAAAGGCGAGAAAUCUAUAAAAUCUUUCCUCCUCCAUGACUCAGUGGAAUAGUCGGGCUGGCUGAAUGAGCUGAGUGUCUCCCCUCCUCUCUCUUCUCUGUACCAGCUGUGCUUGUGUAUUCCAUUUUCCGCCCAUUUGUUUUCCCCAAAACAGCCAUAUGUGUAUUCAGGGUCAUUGGAACUGGCAGCCGGGCGUGUUUUUUCGCUUAGCCGUGGGUUUAAUCAGCGCUGCAUACCUGGGUUCUGGACAGACGUACACACACACAUAGACUUGAAUACGCAGAGACACACUCCCGCCCUCUAGAGACGGCAGGUUGUGUUGGCUGUAUGUGAAGACACCUGGAGGAAGUGAAGCGUAGGAAAGAGAGAUGCCUGUCACUGCUUCUCUGCUCGCCGCUCCACGCCUCAGCAGCGCUUCAUAACAGUUCCCUCUGCUCAGCUCGCCUGAGACUUCUCAAAUACGCCUUUCUCCUAAGUCUUUUGCAAACACACGCCACAAGAGGGAAGUUUAGCUCAAAUCUGUUUAUUGCACUUUUCUCUGUCAGUUUAGACACAUUAUAACCGCUCUUAUUAUACAAUCGAGCCAUGGUGAAUGAACAUUUACUACUGUGGUUAAAUAUGAAGAGGAGAAAUAGCAUGAUGUGUGAACUUAACAUAAAACUAUAUUUUUUUAACCUUGUCAAACCACUUAUUUUUUAGAUACUAUGAGGAGUUCAAGAUCAACAAGGAGACAGGAGAGUCGAACCUCACGCAGAUCUACUUGAAGGUAGGCUGAGCCCUUCCUGUGUCUUUAACAUCUUUUUCUCAAAUGUAGUCGCCCUGUUUUCAACCUUGAGCUGAUUGGAGUCAAAAAAGAAAUAAAUUUAACCUCAUUGUCUCUUAGAGUGGAAAACCGCUUUAAAAAACAUGAAAAAUAUAUUUUACACAUUAAAAAUCAGUUUUAUUUUUUUAUUCUAACUGAUCUGGACUUGAGCUGUGACUUUUCACCCUCUUUUAACCGGACAUGUCCUCUUUUUGGGGGCCUGUCCGGGUUUGUCCGGCUUUGUCCAAGGAAGUUUAUAAAAUCCUUCAAAUUUUCACGGUUUUGUAUGGAAGUUUCGAUUUUGUGUGGACUUACUGAGUUAGAAGCGCGUAAAGACACUCGAUCCGACCUGAAAAACUCUCAAAAUUAACUUCCUGUGACUCCGCCCCCGCGUAGUCGUGUCCUCUUUUUGGGAAGUCAGAAUAUGGUCACCCGAGUUAAAUUUUCUCAAGUGUUAUUUUGACUUUUUAUCAGCAUGUUUUUCAGGUAACGUUUUUAGGUAUUUUUGCAUCUUUUGGACAGAAUACCUCAGGAGAAAUAAGAGUGUGUGGGAGCAGAAAGUAGAGGAAGACACACUGCAAAGGGGACCAACGUCACACAUAAAAAAAUGCUGUUUGUUUAUUAUCUAGUUUGACAUCAGGACUGUAAAUGGAGCAAUAUUAAGUCUUUUGUCAUCUGUGUUGACAGUAUUAUAACUUCUCAUACUUUCGACUUUUGCAGGAAGCUCUUGACUUUAUAAACCGUCAAACUCAAAGUCAGCGGCCGUUCUUCCUCUACUGGGCCCCUGAUGCCACUCAUGCUCCUGUCUAUGCCUCGAAACGUUUCCUUGGAAAGAGCCAGCGAGGAUGGUAGAUCACAUCCUUCCUUACUCACUUUGUGAUUGACACACACACACACACACACACCUGCACAUUAAAAGUCGAUUUAUGAUUUUCUCUGCUCCGUAGGUAUGGUGACGCGGUGAUGGAACUAGAUGAUAGCGUUGGUCAGAUAUUGUCACGGCUGAAGAGUUUAGGUGUAGAUAAGAACACCCUUGUCUUCUUCACCUCAGAUAAUGGAGCUGCUCUCGUCUCUGGCCCAAAUCAAGGUAGGAAAUCACUUCUUUCCUCUUCUUGAAAUUGAUCUGUUUUGUAGUUACACGUGUUUCUGUGGCUCUGACUUCUCAGGCGGCAGCAACGGGCCGUUCCUCUGUGGGAAGCAGACCACCUUUGAAGGCGGUAUGAGGGAGCCUGCGAUUGCUUGGUGGCCCGGAUACAUCCAAGAGGGCACGGUGAGAAUACCCCUGUGAUUUGCAGCUUGUACUCAAUAAAGCCUUAAAGAGCAAAACAAAAUAAUCAAUCACUUAAACCCUAAAAUCUGCUCAUGAGACUAGAUUUAAAUCCAGGACAGGAGCCGGUGGGUUUUUUUGUCUUCUGAGCAUUGUUGCUCCCUAAUGUUCCUCCUAUCAACAGGUACCAGGAGCUGACGGGCUCUAUGUAAAGCCGUAGGGGGUAUAAAGGACUGUAAAGCAGGUUGAGAGUAAAGGAAUAAUUAUUGCACUAAUCCCUUCUUUGAGUGAUUGUUGCUUGUUUGUAUCAUUUUCCUAUUUACAUGCGCGCACUUUGAUCUGCCGUUGCUGAAACCAGUUAAUCUUGACUUUGUCAAACUUCUAUCGAGUGAUUUUAGCUCCAUAAACAGCGAAGAUAAACAGCGUGAUUGUGUCUGUGGAGCGUGUGGGUGCUUAUUUCUGUGGAUCCUCAAAUAUUUCUGGCUGGAAGUAAUGCCCAAAACUCUCUCUCUCUCCCUCUCUGUCCCUCUCCCCCUUCCCCAAUUUAACCCCCCACCCACACCGUGAUCCUAUAAGCUUGUGCGUUCUGCAAAUGACUUUUAAUUGUAUUAGGGGCAGCUGUGACACAGGGCUGUGACGCAGAGGGAUUUGGUGGAGGAGCGAGCGGAGGCUGCAGUCUGCAGUAAGCCUUGCCCCUGGCUCAUCUCACAGGGGUGUGCUGGGGCCUGAUAGCACAGCGGAGCAGCGAGGGAGAGGGGGAUUGGGAGCGUCUUAAGCGGCUAAUCUGUUUGUGUGUUUGCUGAGGUUGGAUUGAGCUGUAAUGAGGACUUCAGUAUCUGAAUAUGCCAGGCGUUCAGGAUAAAGGAAAGGAGGGUUGGAGGGAGCAGCGAGGGAGGGGGGUACAGGAAAGGAAGUAAGGAAGAAGUAAAAAAGAAAAGGAGGAAGAGGAGCGCUAAAGACUCUGGAGCUGCCACCCUGCCAGGAGCAUUUAUGUGUUUGCAGGGCUUUGCUGCACCUGCGCCACAUUAUAAUUGACCAGUGUGUCUGUGUAUACAUGUGUCACUUCUGUUUGAUUCUUGCAUGCUUUAUAUAUAAAUGUAUAUGUUCUCAGGGAUAUCUUUCUACUCCCUGCAAAGAGACACCACUGCAGAUCACCAUGAAACACCUACAGGACGUGUAUGUUUAGAUUGCAGUUUCAGCUGGAUCAAUAGAUCCUCCCUGAAGCUCUCUGGGGUUGUGAUGACAAAGCUGCAUUGUUGGAGCUUCUGUUCUCUCCAGCUUUGGAUUAAUCACUGCGCUGCUUGAGAGGGAGGACAGACCAGACACAGGGUUGCCCCCGUCUCUCGUUUUGUUUUCUUCUACAAUCGCCGUUGAUCUGUGCAUUGAAAAGUCCGUAAGCUCUUUGAGCUUCAUAAGGCUGAAGAGAACAAACAGCCAUCAAUGCCUCUGAAAAGAGCGAUCCCAGCAGAUUUUAUUGUACUGAUAGAUGCAUUUGGAACAAAGAAGAAAGCGACAAGUUUUGGGGGACUUGGAAAUAGGAAAAAACACCUCUACAUGUCUUAAAAGUACAAUCUGCAUCCUAAUGGCAGUAUUCAGAUCUAAGAUCAAAACACUCCCUUGCUUAUCCCUCUUUUUGGUGCAGCAACAGUGUCCUUAGAGGUCAAGAAGCUUUCAUUAUGGAUAAUUAUUAUAAUCCCCCAUUUUUAUCAGUAUGAUAGAAACAUGGUGGUGCAAUCUGGUGGCCUCUGUGGAGGAGCACCUCUUCCUAUGUAGAUAUAAAAGUGUUUUCAGAAUCAAAAAAAUGUUUAUGUUCAGGUGAUUUGUAAAUUCAGUCAUCCUACGAUAUAAUAAUCCAUUUUGAAAAGUCUGUUUUGCUAAAUACUGCUAAAUUACACACAAUUACCCACCUUGAAAAACAAAAAAAUGUCUUUGUAUUGGUGACCAAACUUGGUAUUUAAUGUGUGAAUGUGCGUGAAAUGAUCAUUAAGCCAUACGUCUCCAGUAUUCAGUUAGAUGGAGGUGUGCUGGAAUGAAGCAGCAUGGCUGCAGGUGCACAUUCAGCAUUCUCCCAGAGCUGCAGGAAGGUGACGCUGCCGAUGGUGGCCGCAGGAAUAAAGAAUGGGGAGGUGGGCAUCGUGGAAGGGGAGUUGUCGGCCCCACAAUGUUGUCGAGUGUCACAAUCCCUUUUGUUGUGUUUUAUCAGGCAGCAGACACACAGGCAGAGAGGCAGAGACAGGGAUGGAAGCACUGCCUCCCCAGAUAACCAACAUCAGCACUCAGAGCACAGAAAGAAAUAAGAGAAAGAAGAGGGAGAGAGACUGUGACAUUAAUAGAGAGAGAUGAGUCAGUCAAAAGAAAGGAGAGAAGAAAGAGAGGAGAGAGAAUGAAGUUCAGUUUAAACUCUGAGCGAGGGCAGAAGUCACAGUGUGAAAGUUUUAGUUUGGGACUUGCAAGUUAUUACCAACUAAAUGUCAUUUUAGCUUCCUCUUGUGUCCUUUUGUCCUGUCUUUUUUAGUGGUUUGUGUGUCUGUGUCUGUGUGAGGGGGACUUUAGAAAAAGAAGUAAUGGUCUAAAUCUGUUAGUGUUUGUGUGUGUGUGUGUAUGUGAGUGUGUGUGUGUGCAAGAAAGAGUGUCUGGAUGUGCAGAUAGAUCAUGGAAUGCAUUGCAAAGCCUUUUCUGUGGCUAGUUCUGUGGAUACAGAAGAAAAGGGGAAUUCAUUUCAGUGCUUAGGAAGAGCUUGUAUAUGUGUGUGUGUGUGUGUGUGUGUGUGUGUGUGUGUGUGUGUGUGUGUGUGUGUGUGUGUGUGUGUGUGUGUGUGUGUGUGUGUGUGUGUGUGUGUGUGUGUGUGUGCUGGCUGCCGAUAGGAGCACAGCGGCACAUGGCGGUGCAGCUGCAGAGGCCUGAUAGUGCUAUCUGAUUGUGAGCGUGCCGUCUUCCUCUAAGGCUCGCUCAGGAGAGAAUGGAACGGAAGAUCAAGGAUGACAGCGAAAAAAUGGCAUUUUAUCUGAAAAUAGUUCAAAGUUUAUAAAUAAAAUAAAGCUUUUCACUGGGACUGGGAGAAGGAGAUAAAACACCAGCUCGCUCCAGCUUCAGCCGCCUGCUUGCCCGGGCCUUGUCCUUUCCCUACUUCCUUCCCUCCUUAACUUCACUCUUCCUUUCUGCUUCCCCUGCUAAGAAACUCAUUUAGAAAGUGAAGCAUUAUGGAGGGAUUUUUUUUCAACAAAUCUGCAAGCAGAGAUUGGAGGAGAGACUGAAGAAGUGCAUCUGUUUCCUACAUGCUAUAAUGACUAUGCAUACAUACAUUUAUUUUUAUAUACAUUCAUUAACACCUACUUAUUUUCUGCAAAGGCAUGCAUAGAAAGAGCGUGCCUCUGGUAUUCUUGCAGCAUUAAAUCUUCCUCUUGGUUCAUGAACUUUCAUGAACUAUGUUUCCACCAGUUGCGAGUAAUACCAUCAACAGAUAUUGCCUUCAAAUAGUGUGUAUGUUUUUGAGUGGGUAGUACACACCUGUGAGUGACCACUGAGUCUUAGUUUUCACUUCUUUCUAGCGAUUCAACUUUUUCCAGAAUUUUGCAAAUGGUGGUGCUGUUUUUUACGUUAGUUUUCCCUCCUCAGGUGAAUUUCCAGUUGGCCAAUGUGAUGGACCUGUUCACCACCAGUCUGGCUCUGGCGGGUAUCAGCCCUCCUGAUGAUAGAAUCCUUGAUGGUCUAGAUCUGACACCAGUGCUCCGGGGGUCACAGGCUCCACGGACCCUCCAAAACAGGUAAGUAAAACCAAGCUGUCAUGAAUUCUACUUUUAAAGUUCAUGAGUACCCUGAGCGUAGCAGAAGUGUUACACAGAACUGUAGAGAUUUUUGCAAAUUGAUCCUCUUCAGUUCUGUCAGGAUGGACGGUGAAUGUUUUUCAGGUCUCUCCAGAGAUGCUAAAUUGGGUUUAAGUCAGGGCUCUGGCCGGGACUUUCAAGAACAGUUCCAGAGUUGUUUCUAAGCCACUCCUUUGGUACUGUAGCUGUGUGCUUGUUGGAAGGUGAACCUUCGGCACAAUCUGAGGCCCUAAGAACCCUGGAAAAGGUUUUCUUUCAGGAUAUCUGUACUUGGCUGCACUAAUGUUUCCUUCAACCAUUUUUCUCCACACAUACUGCUUAAUAUUAAGGCCAAAAAGUUCAGCCUUGGUCUCAUUAGACCAGAGAAUCUUAUUUCUCAUCGUCUCAUAGUCAUAGUGGGCUUUUUUUUUGGUCAAACUCUAUGUGGGCUUUCAAGUGUCUUCUGUUGGGACCACUCUCUGCAUCUCUGGAGCUCAGCCACAGUGAUAUUUGGGUUCUUCUUGAUUUCUCUCACCAAGGCUCUUCACAGCCAGCUCUAGGAAGAGUUCUGGUCAUCCCACAGUUCUUCAGUUCUUCCAUUUACGGGUGAUGGAGGCCACUGUGCUCUUAGGAACCUUAAGUGCGUCCUGUGCCGCGUCACAAUUCUGUCUCUAAACUUUUCUGGCAGUUCCUUAUGAGUCUUAGACUACGUUUACACGUGCCCGGAAUAUUUUCAUAAACAGACAUUUCACCCUCUCCGUUUACAAAAACUGCGUGCACACCACUUUGUUUUCAGAGAGGUUUUCAAUUACACUUACCUGUAUAUGCCGUCAAGAGCAUAUCAAACUUGUGGGUGGCAGUGUAGUGAGAAGCUCAAGUCUACGUUAGCCAAUCAGAAUCCCGCAUAGCAACAACAACGUCCCUUCCUUCUUCCCUGCGCACAAUUUGCCAUCGGCUACCCAAAUCUCAAUUUUCCUCAGUUUUUCUCUGUCUACAUCCAAUCAGCAAACUGAGUUUUUCCAAAAAUCUCCACUCUGGCCGUCAUUUUCAAAAAUCAUCGUUUACAGGGGCGAACUCUCUGUUUGCAUCUUAACGAAGGGUGCAAACGAUGGUUAAUGUCUCUGUUAAAAAUAAACAGUUAUGUAUAAAUGGGGCCUCAUUUGAAAACAGGUGUGUGCCUUUACUAAUCAAGUCCAAUCGAUUUAAUUAAACACAGCUGGACUCCAGUAAAGGUGUAGAACCAUCUCCAGGAUGAUCAGAAGAAAUGGACAGCACCUGUGUUUAAUAAACGAGUGUCACGACAAAUGGUCUCGAUACUAAUAACCGUAUCUAAAAUAGUUUUUCUUUUUUGAUGAAUUUGCAAAAAUGUCCACAAUUCUUGUUUUUUUCUGUCCACAAAUGAGAAAAAAAACAACUUCUGCAUCUUCUUGUUUGUCUCAACAACUAUCAAAAGUACUGCUUUGAAUUUUGUGCAGACGCACAAAAUCUAUCAACGACUUCCAGUUAUUGUUAGUACAGAAAUAUGGUUUGGAAGGGUGUUUUUGAGUGAAACACUGGCUGAAUUUCAACGUUUACUUCAUGGUACAAAUAUUUCUCAAUACUGUCCCAAUUGAGAGAGUUGUACAACACAUUCCUGACAGACAUCCAGUCGUGUUAUAUAGACCCGAAGCCAGAAUUUGAUAUUUUGAUACUGGUCCAGAUGUAAACAAUUACAUUAUAAAUCAUAACAAAAGCACUUGAAGGAUGAGUUUCCCACCUUACUUCAGUAAAACCUCCAGGGUAGAACUAAAUGGAGCAUAUUUACCCCCCCCUUUCUUCAACAGGCCAAUCUUCUAUUACCGUGGGAACGAGCUCAUGGCUGUGAGACUCGGACAAUACAAAGCACACUACUGGACCUGGAGCAACUCAUGGGAGGAGUUAAAAAAGGUACAAUUCCCCCUGAACACACCACUUCUGUCCCGUUGCUGCUUUUUUACAGUGUCUUACCCCCUUUUUUUUUGGUCUCUAAUCUAACUCAAACACACAAACACUUUCUCCGUCGGAGUUAUCUUGAAAAUGGCUCAUCAGUUGACUGCUGUGUACAUCAGCACGUAAUGAAUAUUAAUGAAGAGCCCCCACACCAGCAGAUUUACAUCAUUCAUCAGCCGGUUGACUUGUUUGUUCGAACUCCAGUGGAGAUCUUCUUCCUCUCCAUUUACAUAGCCACAUUUCCUGCUGUACUCUUCUUCUUCUUUUGGCGUCACAGGGCACAAAAAGAAAAGAGAUGCCAGCAGUAUCUCUCUGUCAUAAUCACAUCAUCUCUAUUCUGAUUAAAUGCAUCAGGAGAAAUAUGUUAUUUGAUGCUUGACAGGCAGGAUAGUGUCAUCCUCGGUUCUCCUUUCUGUCCAUAAAAACAUGUCCUCCUGUCCUCCCUCGGUGGCUCUGCUUUUCCUGUGAUCCAGUUUGUUUUAUGCCCCAUCGGCCGCUUAAAUUGCUCUCUCCUUCAGGGCUGCUGAAUCAAUAGCAGCCUCCUUUAUCAACUCAUGUGAACUGAAGUGGAACUUCACAAAUAAUGGCGUCUGAUUGCCUGUGAGUUGCCUAUCGAUUGGUGUGUAUGUGUGUGUGUGUGUGUUUGUACAUGCGAAAGCGAGAGAAGACAAGACAUAACAUGCAUGCGUAUGUUCUGUGCUUUGCAGAGAGGAGCAUGUCGUGUUUUUUAUGGAGCCUCUACAGUAUAUGCUUCAUGGGAUUAUGAGGGUAUCCUUGAACUGUCUCAUGUAAAGUGUUAUACAUCUUAUAAAAAUGUAAACAAACUGAUUUGUCGGGUCAUAUUGAGUUGUUUUAAAUUUUAGACUUUGCAUGCAACGCUUAAGAAAGUUCACAUGACCCUCAAUUUACCAUUUCUCUGACUAGUUAUCUACUAUCAAACCUUAAAAUCCUGUUUUUUCCUUCUUGCUCUUUGGAUUUUUUAAAAAUACUACAAAAUAUGAUUUGGGUUUCUUAGCCCACAAUAAACAAAAAAAAAAAAGAUAAACAAGGGAAGAUGUGUGUCUGUGAAGAAGAACAAAAUUACAGGUUAAUAGCUGAGAGACGUCUCGCUCCGUUCUGACUGUGUUCAUGCAGCUCAGCCAUGAGGAAAAUGAGAAAUUUCACAGGCUUAAAUGGUUCUCAUCAAACUCUCUUGAGGCAGCGAGUUGAUGUUAAUAUUGUGAAAUAUAGUUUGCUGUGACUGUGGCUCCUUUGUGUUUGGAUUGCUGAGUAAUGUGUGCUACAGUAGGAGCUGGAAAGCAGCUGUAAUAGCUUUUUUAACCUUGGUGAAAGCGUCACCAAGGCUAUAAAUGAAAACUGUAAAUUGCUUGUUUCCCUGACAGUUAGUCCCUAAACUGGUUACUUAUUUCGUAUAAAUGUCAGCAGCAGUUCUGUUGCAGAAAUUGAUAAAAGCUCUGCGUAGAUUGUUUGUACAAUAUGUCAAAUAUAGCCACACACACACGAUUAAGAGAGCACUUGUUGGCAGCAUCUACUAUUUUAAAUAUUCAGCUAAGACCUGCAUAAAGUGGCCGUCCUCUUCAAUACUCGUCCAUGAACCAAAAAAAAAAGACACCGAAUCUUCUCUUUUCAAAAAUCCUCCUUCUCUUAGAUGCUCCAGCACCUUAUCUUGUAGCAAUGACUGCUCUGUUCUGGUUUGAAAGCAGCCUGGUUGUAUCCAUAGCAUUAGUGUCAGGGGAGAUAUGGACUUCUUGCUGUUCUGUCUUUGGUACAAGAGACAGAGUCAGAGAUACACACACACACACACACAGCAGGCCUUUCUGACUGCUCCUCUGGGAUGAGUUUUUCUUUUUUUUUUUUCUUUUUCAUUCCUUUCUGCAUUUCUAAGCUGCUGGCUUCAAAAGACAGGACGAGUCAGGAUGAGAGGAGGCUCUGCGGGGUGAAGGGUGGGGGGUGUUGGGGGGUAUCUACCCGUCUUACUCUCUUUUUUUCUUCUCUAUAUGUAUUUUGAGGUGCUCUGUUCAGCGCUCUCAGAGGGGGGGCAGCAAAAGGGCCUUACAGAUGAAUGCUUUCUCAAUAUUAGUUGUGCUCAUCAAAAAGUAUGUGCUUGUGUUUGUGUGUUUGUGUUUUGGAGAAAGGGGGCAGAUCUCCAGGGGGUUCUGGAGGAGCGCGUGUAUGUGUGACUCAAUCAGGCUGCAGUCGCUGCCAGGCUCAUGAGAAUGGAGUCAGGGAGCAGGAGCGAGGGCGUGGAGAGGUGGGGAGAUGGAGAAGAGGCAGCACAAGGAGGGAAAGUCCUCUUUUUUGUCCUGUGACUUAGGGCUGGGCGAUUAACUGAAAAUUUACAGAUUCCAAAAUUUACAACAAUAACAGACAUCAUUUUGCCUAUAUCGGUAUAUUAGGUGUCAAAAAAAUCAAUAAAUAAAAGUUGUUUUUGGAUGUGUGUAGGUAGGCUAUGGUGUCAUAUCCCUUUAAGUCGCUGUCCUACAUCAGAGACGUGACUCCAGUCCGUAACAAAGAGGGAAAGACAUGUGAGGAGAUGGAGGACGGUUCAAAAGUUGGAGCGGCUGAAGUAGACGAAGUUAAUGUGGGAGGGGGUGAGCAGCCUGUGGAGUAGUUAUCGAGGUGAACUGAUCAAUAUAUCAUGAUAUUGAUUUAAGACAAUAUCACCCAGCCCUAUAUUGACUUGAAUAUCUGUAACUUCUAAGGGAAGUGGCAUAAAUAACAUAACAGACAUUAGAUCAGCGUGCAUAUGAGCCAAACCUACAAAAUAGGACUUUGAGAUCAGAGAGGCAGACAGCUGCAAGACUAAACCUUUACAUCUGGAUCUCUAAUGUAGGUAAAUUUUUAGAGUUUUACACAAUCAAACCCAGAAAACCGUCCUCAUUGUAUGAGUUUAGACUCACAUUUAAAAGAAUCAAAAACACAUAAAUGACCAAACUGACGAUGUUAAUGUCUUUACUCUCGUGUUUGUGGCACAUUCUGAGAAAAUUCAAGUAUCUUUGUCUCAAAAACUCUGAAUCUAUCAGCUCUGGUCUGGAGACACUUAUUGGAAAUAGUCGAGAACUUUACUAAUCUAGCUAAGGCAGUUCCUUUGGAGUACCUACCCCCACACAGCAGUUAAAAAUAACAGUUUUGAAAUGUCAAUUUUGUUCUGAGUGAAUUUUUAAUCUGUUUCACAAUCUGUGUCGUUUCGUCCUUAAUUUCAAUUACACAUUUAAUAUUGUUAAAAAAAGAAUUUGUUCUUUCUCUCUCUGGUAGGGCAUCAACUUCUGUCCCGGUCAAGAGGUCCCAGGAGUGACGACUCAUGAGCAGAAAGAGCACACGAUGCAGCCAAUCAUUUUCCAUCUGGGACGGGAUCCUGGGGAAAAAUACCCAAUCAGGUGAGCUCUUUAAAUUAAAGAGGAUGUCAACGAGGAACCAGUGAGGAGAUGACAUGUCAGGGAUUGAGAAUAGGAAGGGAGUACGCCUGUUGCUAACGCAGACUGUGUCUGAGAUCAAUGCUGAUUCAGUGGCAUAAAAAAGAAGGCAGAGGAUUGAUCCGCUCAGCCGCAGCAUGCCUGAUUACACCCUCCUCUUUGUGAUUGCAAACAGCUCCUUAAAGAUCUCAAUCUGGACUCCAACCCUUGGGUGCACUGCUGCAGGUUAAAAUUGCUAGAUAAAUUGUUCAGGUCUAGAUUGAAAGUGAAUGCUGUUUAAUGGAGUUUUGCGUUCCUCUGCCUGGGCUCAGAAGAGAGUUAAGAAGCGCUGAGGGGGAAGAUGCCAGAGGACACAGACUGCAGAAGCUGAACUAAGAUUAUUACUAAAUAAGGAUGCAAAGAUGGAUGUGUGCAUCAUCCUUUACUGCAUGCAUACAGCCUGUGGAGUUUAUUUAUAUGAUGUUUUACGCAGGAUGACACCAUGGCUAAUACAUUAGGAUAAUCUCAAAAUUGCUUUGAUGACAGAGCAUUUGUUUUUGGGCUCCUCGCUGCCUCCUGGAUUGACCUUUCUUCUUCUGCCUCCUACAUUUCUCUCUUGUCUUUUUUCUUCUCUGCCUCCUUAAGCUUCUUUUAGGUUAGAAGGAAGAUUGAAUGAUAAAACAUGAAUGUUUUUUUAGUCAAAUGCAUAUACCUUUUAGCUUUGCAAGACACACAAAAAAGCAAAAAUGAAGAAAACAAUCAAUACACAACUAUGUGCUGAGUGAUUCUGGUUCUUGAUGCACUCAAAGAACACACAAUCUGUGGUCAAUGGCUGAUGGGGUCAGUGAGUUUGUCUAAAAGGUCAAACCUAGGGCAUCGAGCUGUAAAACUCCUCUGCUGUUCAUUAGGGAUGGGACAAUAUGCUUUUCUCCCGAUUUGAUUCUUCUACGAUUUUUUGGAUGCGGAUUCGAUUUAAAUUGCGAUUCUACAAUAUUGUCAAUUUUCACGAUUUUUAGUCUGCAUUUUUUUUUUCAACUUAAAUUUUAUUUUUAUUUUUUAAACCUAACAGAAACAAGACAUACAGUCAUUCAAAGAAAAAUAUAAGUAAGAACACACAAUCACAAAGAGGAAAAGAAAAUUGUCCAUGUAGCCUCCAUCAGAAUCAUCCAUUUUUAAAGUAAUGUGAAUAGAUUUAUAUUUGAUCCAUUUUUCCCACUUUCGGGUGUUUGUUUCUUGCUGGAGUUGCAGAGCGUGUGUUAAUUUCUCCAUUGCAUAUAAUUCUUCCACCAUGUCCCGACAGUUUUUCUGAUUGGGUGGAUUCUCCUUACACCAGUUCCUCGUGAUGGCCUUCUUUGAUGCUGCAAGAUGUAUUUAAGUCAAGUAUCUGUCUUUAGUUUGUGUGUUUACCUGCGUAAGAUUACAAUAGUCUGCAUUUUUAUCACCAGUGAAACAGUUGAAUGAUUAGGAUUUCUACUGACUAUUCCAAGAACCAUAUUUCCCCAAAAAAUACACAUCACAUGCAAGUUAGUUUUUAAGAUUUAUUCUUAAAUUUGGGGGGGAAAAAGUAUUUUUAACAUAAGAAUCGUUUUAAAAUUGCAAAACAAAAAAUCGCAAUACUUAUGUAAAUGGAUUUUCCCUCCCACCCCUACUGCUCAUGCAGUGCUCCUUCUAUAUCCUCUUCAAUCUGCACUUUUUGUUUCUCCUCAAACUUUGUGCCAUUUUGUUUUUUCUUUUCUACAUCUCACUCCUGCUCACCUCACUCACUCGCUCACUCCUCAAUGCUCCGCUUGCUGUCCCUCUGCAUCCACUGGGACCUUUCUCCACCAUCCUUGUAAACAGUGUGAGUAUUUUUAUUGGUGCGUGUGUGUGCAUGUGUGUAUGAACAUGUGCACGCCUGCAUUUUGUCCGUGUGCUCCUCGCUCCCCCAGCUGGACUGGCUGCCUGGCUGUCAUUAAUCUCUGUCUGCACCUAAAGAGCCACUUAAGAUGAUGUAGAGCCUGUCUGCACACAUACCUUCACUACUGUCGCAGCCUGUGAUACAGCAAGGAGCACACACACACACUCACAAACACACACACACACAAACACACACAGACAGAGGGAAACAGUGUAGAUUGUAAUUAUGCAAUCUAAGAGGAAGUUUAGGAGGAUUUUGUCGGUGCAGUUUUAGACAAAUCUAAUCGGAGUUGGAGGAUGACGAGGCGUGAUUUUGAUGGUACAAGAGGAAACACAAGCCCAGCUCGGUCUAUUUCCACCUUACUCAGGAGUUUUAGAUUCCCACCGGAGUUGUUCAAAGGCUCUCCCUGCCUCCCAUUUUGCCCUCCACCUUUGUGACCUCAGGCUCUGAGGUUAACACAUCCUACUUUUUUUUUUUCACCACCCACCUCCGCUCCUGUCUCCAGAGCCCCUGCGGUCAUCCAGAGUGUAGUCCCAGCACUCACACUGCAGGCACUGCCGCACAGUGUGGCCUCAUCUGCUGCCUGCCACCAGCCUCUUGUGUCCCCAAUCAAUAGUCCUUACUGAAGUGCUCAAUUUCCACCCGGGUGGAGAAGCAUGGUGGAGGGGAGGGGCGGCCAGGACAGAUGUAUUUGAUUGUCUCCUCAAUUCCCCCACCUUCUGCUACUGUGUGGUUGUUUGUGUUGUUUUGUGUGUGCGUGUGUGUGUGUCUGUGUGUGUGUCUGUUCCAGCCAUAGUGUUAUGAAUCAGUAAUCAGAGUGGUGACACACCUGAGCAAUGCCCCCGUCCCCCUUGGGUGCCAUACAUUAUAAAUCAAAAGACUGGAUUUGCAUACAGCCUGCUUAUUAUUCCAGAAUUUGCCUGUACACCAGUAGGCUAAGGGUUAUAAUCAUGAUAAUGAGCCAUGCUGACUGUGGGCUUUUUAUUAUUUGUUUGCAGAGGGGGCAUAAACAAAUGAUAUUAUUAGUUUUUGAUUUAGAGGUCUGCACUGUACGAUUCUUAGUGCAUAGACAAAACAAUGGAAAACUUUAUGCGAGCCUCUCAGCACAUGGCAUGCUUCGCUUGCAGAGUUUUCCAGAAAAAGUGAACGGUUAAAACAGCCAGAUAAAUCUUCCUCGCGUUCGCUUCGAUUAAGUUGCUUCAUCACUUAUCACAAAGUGAAUCACAACAAUAAGCAGCAAGCACAGAUAGCAGGGGGAAUGAAAUAUCCCCCCGCUGAUUGGGAUCGGGCAAAAGCACGGUUUGUGAUUUCAGAUAGCCGAAGCAAUUUAAUCUAAAUGUUUGAUUUUUAACCAAGGGGAGUAAUCUGGUUUCUCCUCCAUCAGCUCGGGUCAGGAUGUGGAGAUAGUUAGCUUAUGACGAAUGUGGCACACCAGGAGAGAGUCUAAUUGCAGCCAGUGCACUCACUACCAGUCAAGUAAUUGUAGGGCAAAGUAAAGACUGAGAGUAUCGGGGAAAGGAGCAGGUGCUGGCUGAUGGAGGAAGCCUUGCUGCCCUGUGGGAGAUCUAAGGGGGAGGGUGGGUGUGAGCUGGCCAGGGCCUGGGGUUAUUACUCUAAUUGACACUUCACCUCACACACAUGCACAUGUUCCCCGGGGGCCAAUCAGAGGGCCGGGUUUGGAAUGAAGAGAGGAUGGAAGGCUGGCACAGGUGCUGCCUGCGAGUGUAUCAGGGGUGUAAUUGCACUGCUGAUAUUUGUCUGUCCGCGUGUCACGCCACCAGACGCCCACUCCCCCAACACACACACGUACAUACAUGCGUGCACACGCAGCCCAUUAACCCUACAGGUCCUAUUGAGAGCAGCGUUCCUUUGAAAGCCUUCAGGGCCCCUGUGUUUUACACACUGAAUAUAAUAAUGCACAGAGGUGCUCAGCUCACUGGUGUCCAACAGCAGUAAUUGAGAGACAGGGGAUGGGAGAGGGGUUACAUGGUUCACCCUGCUGAGUGCGCUUUUCCAAAGGGUGCCACAGUGGGCAGCAUGUGUGUGUGUGCAUGUGCGUGUGUUAGUGUGUGUGUGUGACGUGCAAUUAUGUAAAAAUAACUGAUGUAUUAGAGGAAAAGUGACUCCAGUUUUUCAAAGAAAACAGGCAGUGUUUGUGUCCCUGUGGGUUUGUGCUAUAGAGCGAUCUAUUAGACAACAACACUUAUGGAAGUGUGUUUAUAUUUCUGUUCAUGUGAGGUGAGGUGUUAGCUGGUUUGAAGACCCCAGACCUCGUCCAUCUGUCAUUUUUAUGCUUUUUUAAGACUCUGAAUAAAGUUUGAUCAUUCAGGAUAAAUUUUAUUGAUUAGGAACACCCUUUUCAGAUUUUCCUGCCUUUUAUCACUAUUAUACAUUAGGACAAAAACUUGAUAUGAUGUUCCAUUCAUAAUCAAACUUGUCAUGACUUUAUGGAUUAUAUGUUCGCAGUGUUUUGACCAAAGAGUACCAGGAUGUCCUGAGCAGGAUCACUCCAGUUGUGCUGCAGCAUCAGAAAACCCUGGUGCCCGGAUAUCCACAGCUCAACAUGUGUGACGUGGCUGUGAUGGUGAGAUUCAUUAAAACACUUAACGGAGGAUGAUUCUGUUUCAAAAUCUAAAAAAAUGUUGAAAAGAAGAGACGCUGUAAGGAACAGCACACUCUUUUCCCACUUUACCUAGAGGCAGUGGACCACAGCCAGCAGAUACUGCAUUUUCUUUUUUAGAAAGGGCAUGUAGCUCCAUCGCUCUCUGCUCUCUUCAUCAGACUCGAACAUCUAAUGAGUAAAAUUAUGACUGAAAACAAUAACGGCUUUCAUGAAUAGGUGAUUGAUAAAAAAAAAAAAAAAUCACUUAACAAGCCUUCUUCUCGGUUUUUUUUUUUUUUAAUUUACAUAAAGCUCAAAGUCACCCACUUGUCUGAGAUUAAGUGUUUAACAACUUUUCUACCAUGGUGUCUGUCCGUAUGUUUUCUGUCUUCUAUGAUUGUUUUGAGGCACCCAAAGGUUCAGUUGUUCACGACUUUGAUAUUGUGAAACACAUGACCAUAGCUUCAUCUGUAGUGCAGCACUGCCCCCUUGUGGUUAAAAUAUAUAGUAUUCAAUAAAUCCUGUUUGUACACUAUGAUGUGAUUUAAACAGGGUUCCUACACAAGUAUGGAAAUAAAUUUGAUCAAUUUCCAGGUCUUAAAAAAGUCCGGAAAAGGAAAAAUAAAGUAAAUAUUAAUGUUUCCAGACUAUUAAAGAAAAUUUGGUACUUCUAAAAAUAAUUAAAAGUAUGGCAAUUCCAACUGUGUAGGAACCCUGUUUAAACAUUAGUCAUUCUCAUCAUUUAAUGUCGUUUUAUGGGCGUUUCAAAAAAGUAUAUACAUAUUGCAGCCAUACUGUAGUUAGGAUCAAAGAAAUGGUUUAGAAAAGAAACAGAUACUUCUCAAAUAUAUGUGGUUGUCUGAUAGCCAAAAGCCUCCGGGUAAAUGAGCUUAAUUUGAUCAGAAUUUUAACACAUCCUCCAACAAAAUGAUAUCUUUGACAGCUUGAUAUUUGUGUGCUGAUGGUGACUGUCACUCUCUGUCACAGAAUUGGGCCCCUGCAGGCUGCGAGAAGUUAGGAAAGUGUCUUAAAGUGCCAAAGUCUGACCCCAAGAAGUGUGACUGGCCGCACUGAGAGCAGAACUGCUGCACCAGACGCCGGGAUGAAGACGCCAGAGAUGUGCCUUCCUAUAAAUCAGUCAAACUCGUGUUUAAAAGCAUGAGAGUUUUAAAUUAUAUGUAAAAUUGUUAAUGUGAAAAUGAUGUCUUUGCACAAUCAAGGGAGUUUUUUAUAGUUUGACACAUUGAAUCAAUGAUGCAAACUGUUUUUUAAAGUUUUUAUUCUCAUGAUUGUAUGUGAGCUCGAAAUGUUGAGAGCAUUGUUUUUCCAGUUUAAGCAGUUUUUAUUAUUUUAGAGAAGGGAAUGAAUGUGUUAAAUGUGAUCAUGCAUAAAGUAAUAAACCUCACAAUUUGCA